UCCUGACCUACAUAUCUGCGCAAACAUUUUGGUCGAAACGGCAGGCAGGAUGAGUAAAGUCCAGGGCUGCAUGAAAUGUGUCAAAUACCUGCUGUUCGUCUUCAACUUCAUAUUCUGGCUGUCGGGGUCACUGGUGUUGGCUGUGGGAUUAUGGUUGAGGUUCGACCCAGAAACUGCCGACCUCUUAAAAGAAAAUGAUGCCCCUGAGCACUUCUUCAUUACGGUGUACAUCCUGAUCGGAGUGGGAGGCCUCAUGAUGUUGGUGGGGUUCUUCGGCUGCUUCGGGGCCGUGAGGGAGUCACAGUGUCUUCUGGGAUUGUUCUUCGCUUGCCUUCUUGUCAUUUUUGGGGCAGAUGUUGCUGCUGGAGUCUUUGGCUUUCUUAAUAGAGAUAAGAUCAUUGACGAUGUCCAAAAGUAUUACAAGUCUUCUGUGGAAAAUGGCAAUAGGACUACUAUUGUAAACAUGUAUCACAAAGUGCUUGAAUGCUGCGACGCUGAGUCCUCUCCCCCUUCUGUACUGUGCACUCCUGAAAGUCCUGACAAGGAUUGUAACAAGGCUAUAGAAGAAUUCUUCAUCGGAAAACUCUUCAUAAUCGGAUAUGUGGGCAUCGGCAUCGCUGGAAUUAUGAUAAUUGGCAUGAUCUUCAGCAUGGUUGUAUGCUGCGCCAUUCGGAACAGCAGAGAAGUUAUUUAGGUUAAUCGUGGUUCCCCUCUCAACCAGUUAGACUGUUUCAAAGCCCUCCAUCUUUGACUUCAUCAGAUCAUAACAUUCAGGCUCGGGAAGCGGAUGGAGGAGUUCCCAUGAGGCAGCGUGGGUCUUGUGGUACUGUUUUGUGAACAGCGUUCUGUCUUUUCUGUUACUUGCAUUGUUUGAUGAUGAGCUCCACUGCAUGGACUUCUACUGUAACAGCAUUAACAUUUACAUUUUUGUCUUUUUUUAUUACUGAAUCAUCAUCAUCACAUGGGGAAACUUCAGUGUAAAUCUU